AUGGUUUCGCGCGAGACUCACGUCAGUCAUAUGAUGCUACGAUCGUUGUGCGGUUGUCGAACGAACAAGGUCGACGAUAAGGAUGUGGUGAUCGUUAAGGAUUACCGGGAUACGGUUUUCAUCUACGCAUCGAAUAAAAUUCUCGCAAGAUCUUUGAUCGGUGCAUUGUUUAAAACGUUAGAAAAUAGGAAUCUGAAGCCGACUGGGAUGAAUAUGGUCAAAUCCACCAAGGAACUUGUCCAGAAAUCCGGAAUUCUGAAGAAAACUGGAAAAAGUAGUGCUUAUGUGGAUGAGGUGUGUAUAGUGUCGCUUUGGCACGGGGAGAACAUCUUUGCUCAAACUGUUAGCGCCAUCUCAAGUUUUUGCAGAAAUUAUGCAUUUCUUCAAGGUAUAGAUGUGAUCAUAACGGAUUCCACAAAAUCGACCCGUAAAGAAGCUGAAUUAUGGAUUAAUUCUGCUUCGCCUACUCUGCUAACGAUUCCAGCUGCUACGGCGGAAGAACCGCCAGCGGAUGGCGACGAUCCUCCACCAAACUUGGAAGAAGAAACCACAACAGUUAUUGAAGCGGCCGAGGAGCAUGAGAGGCCCGGAUCCCCGUCGUUACAUCAUGUACAGGAUCCUGACGAUGUGGUGCUGAUUCGAGAAAGUUCGACAGCUGAUACGUUACCUGUAGACGAGAAAGUGGAAAAUCCGCAUGUAUCCUUGGUUACACCGCCUCCGAAUCCUCCAUCGUAA